AUGAAAGUAGAACUUCUAAGACCUUGUUCAUAUAUUGACAUAUCAAUAGGAGGGAGCAAGACUGGUAGGAUAGUUGUGGAGUUGUUUGAUGAUUUAGCUCCUAAAACUUCUGAGAAUUUCAUUAAGUUGUGUAAUGGUUCACAAAUAACCAAGGAAGGAAGUCCUCUAACUUUCAAAGGCAAUUACUUCCAUAGAGUUAUCAAGAAUUUUGUUAUUCAAGCGGGGGAUAUUGAAAACGGUUCGUCAAUUAAAGAUUACCCUAAUCUGAACGUUGGUAAAGGCGGUAUAUCAAUUUACAAUAAUGAAGCGUUUGAAGAUGAAAAUCUAUCUGAACCUUUAGAUGACCCAUUUAAACUUUGCCUGGCUAAUGAUGGGACGUCAAAUGCAAACAAGUCACAGUUUUUCAUAACAACCUAUCCACAACCUCAUUUGACAGGUAAGCAUACGGUGUUUGGUAGAGUGAUCCAUGGUAAGUCAGUUGUUCGAGAAAUAGAGAGGGUUAAUACAGAUAGUCAAAAUAUUCCAACAAGAGAAGAUAUAGUUCUUAUUGAAGAUUGUGGAGACUGGACGGAAAAUAUGGAAAUUCCAGUCUACAAUGCUUGUUAUGAUCAAAUAGGUGGAGACAUCUAUGAGGAAUAUCCAGACGAUGAUGAAAACAUAGAUAAGGAUUCAUCAGAACUGGUUUAUGUUGCAUCUACAAAAAUUAAAGAAAGUGGAACAAUCUUGUUUAAGAAGGGGAUGAAACUAGAAGCGUUCUUGAAAUACAAGAAGUGCUUGAGAUAUAUUAUGGAAUAUAUACCUGACGAAGAUCAGGAACCAGAUUGGUAUAAAAAAUAUUUAGAUAUAAAAAAAAAAAUAUAUUUAAAUUUGUCUAUGGUAUGUUUAGGUCUAAAGAACUUUAUCAAGGCUGCCGAUUACUCUAGUUAUUUAUUAGAUAUGGAUAAUCUUACGGCUCAAGAAAAAGCUAAGGGUCAUUAUAGGAAGGGUUGUGCUUUGUUUGAGCUUAGAAAAUAUAAUGACGCUCUUACAGAAUUCAAGGACGCAAAACUCUUGGUUCCUGAAGAUCCAGCAAUUGGACCACAAUUAGAUAGAUGUGAACUGUUGAUUGAACUGAAGAAGCAAAAUGAAAAAGCGAAGUAUUCUAAAUUCUUUUCUUGA